AUGUCUCUGAUCCCGAGCUUCUUCGGCAACCGCCGCAGCAACGUGUUCGACCCAUUUUCUCUCGAUAUUUGGGAUCCCUUCGAGGGGUUUCCUCUCUCCAGCGCCGCCGCCAACUUCCCCUCCUCCGCCCGCGAUACCACCGCGGUGGCCAACGCCCGCAUCGACUGGAAGGAGACGCCGGAGGCCCAUCUCUUCAAGGUUGAUGUUCCCGGAUUGAAGAAAGAGGAAGUUAAGGUCGAGGUGGAAGAUGGCGGAAUUCUGCAAAUCAGUGGAGAGAGAAGCAAGGAGCAGGAGGAGAAGAAUGAUAAGUGGCACCGCGUGGAGAGGAGCAGCGGGAAGUUCCUCCGCCGCUUCAGGCUGCCGGAGAAUGCCAAACUGGAGCAGGUGAAGGCGGCGAUGGAGAAUGGGGUGCUAACGGUGACAGUGCCUAAAGAGGAAGUGAAGAAACCAGAAGUCAAGGCCAUUGAUAUCUCUGGUUAAUUUGUAUUUUGUGAAGAACUUUGUGUAAUAUGACUGUAAAACUAUGAUCAAGGAGUUGUGUCAGAUUAAUAAUUAAAUAAAAAGUGUUUUUCUUUAUUAA